AUGCUUCGUUCAAAUUUCCCCGAACUACGACUAGCAUAUAAUGAUUCAAAGUGUUUGUUAAUUUCGGGUAAUUUCCAACCCAACACACAUUUCCUACAGCAUGGAGUUUUCAGACGAGGGGCUGGGAGGUUUUGGGCAGGGCAAGUUAACCGCGUGGCUAUCCUCGCCGUCAUCGUCUUUGUCGUUAUUCUCGUCGUCGUCGUCGUUCGUUGUAAUCGUUGUCAUCGUUGUCGUCGUUAUCGUCGUCGUCGUUGUCGUUAUCAUCGUUGUCUUUGUCGUCGUCGUCUUCGUUAUUGUUCUGGUCAUCGUGGUAGUUGUUCUUCUCGUUGAAAUCUUAGUAGAAGCUUACAACGCUUAAAAUGUCUAUAUGUCUAUAGUUUGGCAAUGAAGGGGACGCGUGUAAAAACGGAGUGCAUAGAUAAAAAUUUUAAUGCUGCUCAAGUCAACGAUAUUUCAAUGAUGUUCGGAAUCAUGCGCUUUUGUGAUAGAGAAUGUUUUCAUUAUUUCAUUAUGUUAUAUAUUAUACAUCGUAAUAUUAGUCAUUGUCGUUGUUGUUAUUCUCGUCUUCAUCCUCGUUAUCGUUGUUCUCAUCGUCGUCCUCGUUGUUGUUAUUCUCGUCGUCGUGAUCGUUGUUGUUGUUCUCGUCGUCGUGAUCGUUGUUGUUGUUCUCGUCGUCGUUAUUUUCGUUCUCUUUGUCGUCCUCGUUAACGUCCUUGUGGAGCGCCGGAGAGUCGUGGACGAUCAGAUAUUUUGCGCAUUGAAGAAUCUCGACCAGAAGCAAUUCGUAAUGGUAUCCAUUGUCGUUUUCCGAAUGCCAAGCAUGACAAAUAUUUCGUAUUAGAGGAGCGCGAUGAAAUUCUCCACAAAGAUCGAAUUGAAACUAGUGAUGUAGAGAGAGCAGUCACGGUUCAGGGCACUUUUGAAGACAUCUCUAGUGAGAAGGAACGAUAUGCUAGAACGAUAGAACGGUUGUGUGAAGGAAAAUGA